AUGCUGCGUAGCCCCUGCCUGCCUCUUCACCCUGAUCUCCACGACUAUGCUAUGUCCCUGCUACGCAGACGCGAGCCGAUCCGUUUGGUGCGAUCCAAGUGUCUUUCAUGGGCCAAGGAGCACUGGCAAGAACAACAAGGCGACGGUUCCCAUCGCUUCCACCUCACACCAUAUGACUCGUCUUCACUCUAUCGGACUGCGGCUCGAGAACGCGGAAUUCCUCAGCGCUCUUCAGCUGCCGACAAUCUCGACUGCUGGUUCCACUCUGAGGACCCGAGACCACCAUCUCCUCUGUUCACUAGCUCGUGCCUGCACUAUCAGCCAUAUCUCGAAGGCAUCUUUGAACGCUUCGAGAUCAUAAUCUCAACCCCUCAGCAGCGCGAUGCGGCCUGGACUUUCGGGUACAAGAAGCAAAUCAUUAUGGAUGGUACCUUCAGGAUCUGCUCAGCACGCGUUCUGUGCUUCAUCAUAAUGGUGAUCAAUGACCAGAACAAAGGAAUUCCUGUCGCACACAUCGUCUUCUCAGCCAAGAAGCACACAAAAGCUGUGCAUGCUGACUACAACGGAGCUCUGCUCACACGCCUUGUCGAGAAGUUCAAGAUUGGCAUGGGUGUGAACCCUCUUGGCGACACCUUCUGUGCUGCUGUUGCCAUGACUGACAAUGAUCCUCGUGAACGUCUUGCUCUAGAAACUACCUGGGAAGACAUCCUCUGUAUUCUAUGUCUCUUUCAUACCUGGGAAGACAUCCUCUGUAUUCUAUGUCUCUUUCAUACCUGGCAGGCCUGGCAGAAUUCUCUGAACAAAUUCAUGCGUGGUGUACCAAAGGGCGAUCCUGCAAAGGCUGUACGGUCACGGCUUGGUGCCUUUCUGAUGCGCCUACUCAAGGUGAUCACCAAUUACACAGAGGCCAUUGCAGCAUUCAAUACCGAACUACAAUACUUCCGCAUGCUUGGAGAGAAGAAUGAUGACGAAGCAAGAUGGCAAUCUAAGGUGGCACUAGCAUUUCUCGCGUACUUACAAGAUUACUUGAAAACAAGAUCCUUCUGGAAGGCUUGGUCUCGUGCAGGUGUGAUUGAGGCUGCAGCACGCAUGGGAGUUCUCGAAACACAGGUAGCUCGCACAAGUAACCACCUAGAGUCAUACAAUGACAAGAUGAAGAACAUCCACUUCGAGCCCUCCAAGCACUCUGGUCGGCUACCAAGAAUUGACGUAUGGAUUGCGGUGCUGAUCACAGAUGUCAUCCCCAAGUUUUUCGAGAACUUGCAUGAGGCGCGGGAGCUUGCGGACUAUCGCGACAAGAUGCGCACGUUGCCCGUUGACAAACUACACCAGGGAACUCGACAGACGAUUGCGACGACGCAUAACACUGCGGUAGCCUGCCCCGUAUCUGCGACAUCUCCCACAGAAUGUCAGGCCAAGUCACCGUCUCUCCCAUCCCCUCCAAGUUUCACACCAGUCGAAAGGAGGAUGCUCGAGGAGUUCAUAGAAGACCCGGAGAUACCAGAACCUGGUGACAAUGCCAAAGAACUCAUGGGAGACUCACCGGAUGCCAUCGAGAAAAUCCCGGGGUUCAGGCAGGCCUUGAAGAUCUGCGAUGACGGAAGCACGAGCGCUUCAUGCUUGAGCGAGGACGCGACACAUGAAAGCGCAGAUUGCGCGUUCGUAUCAUGGACAGAUAUGGAGAUCGCACUCGACAGCAGCGCUAUCAUUGCAGAUCUCACUGACAUCACACUGGACUUCCCUUUCACCUGUGCUCAGUCUGAAUUUGCUGGCAGUACUCCCGACUCACAAAUGUCUAGCCCAUCAUCAGUUCUGGCAAGACUCUCAGACUCGGACUCGGACUCAAAGUUUGGUGAUGCGUCUUUGCGAGAAGAGAUCCAAAACAAGGUGGCGAUGAUCACGGCAUUUGAGAAGGUGGAUGCAGAAGACGGCGACAAUGUGACAGCGAUGCAAGAAGUGCUUCAGGCAACGGACUUGCUCACAUCGGCAUUGCGGCGUAUUGCUCGGAAGUCAGCAACAGCGCUCUCUCGCUAUGAUGAGUUUAUCAGCCCUCGCAUGCAUGCAAAACUAACAGGUGCCACUUCGCAUCGGGUGGUAUUAUUGCAGGUAGUGCCUCCAUUCAGCACACAACCACUCACUCGGGGCAAAACCUCCGUGAGUCCCUUCAUAUUACUUCCUCCUCUAUCGCCAUCACUGCACCCUGGUGACAAAUGCCACAUCGCGGUGCCCGAGCUGGAGUCACAGGAUCAGGAACACCGGUUGGUGCCCUUCGAGCGACAGUUACACGAGAAACGGAAGCCAUCAUACAGUUGGAGAUAG